CAGAAUACACCAACCAAGGACACGGCUACCAUUGAAUUCUCUUAAUGGCAACCCAGGCAGUGCGUGAUGGACAGUGGAGUUUUCCGGGUUGGCAUGUGACCUUUGUGUUGUAUGUGUGGUGUUUGUUUUGAUUGCCCUACCCUCACUUUGCACUAUAAGCAAACAAGUCAAAUACACGAGGCCGCACAGUCUCCCCUUCAAAUACUCCAUAAAUUUUCCAUAACCAAUCCAUUCAGCGUUCCAGCCACUGCAAGAUGGCCAUUGAAGAUGACAAUGUGUCUAUGGUCUCUACCAUCCAAGAAACCAUGCCAUCACCAUCAACCAGCCCCCCCUAUGCGGCAGAAAAUGGGACCCUGCUGGUCAUGUCCCCUCUUCAAAGUAUCCACACCACAGAAAAUGAGUCACUGUACACUGGCAGCAAGUACCCUACAUCUCCAAUAGUCGCGUCAUUCUCACCGCACACCAACAGAAUCUUACAGCAACUGAAAGCUAUCCACAUUGAUGAUAUGGAGACAUUUCCCAUCUCUGCAACUGCAAGGAUAUCUGAUCAAUGACUACUGGUCCACCAAACCUGAAGUUCAUGACUGGGCGGUGGAGCAGACUGUCUUUGAGAUA